AUGGAUGAGCCUCCGGCCGAGCUGACACAGUCGCUACUGCAACAUUUCCUGCCUCAUGCCGACCACGUCGGCUUCUUCCUGCACAAGCAGAAUUUUCUAGCACUUGCCACCUCCACUGACGUGCAGUAUAGGGAUGCCAAUCUCUCCCGGGCCUUACUUAACGCGAUGUACCUAUACGGUGCUUAUCUAUCCUGCACCGAAGCCCUCACGGUUCACGUGCCAACUUUUCUCGGCCGUGCUGUGGAAGCGGUGUCUAGGGAUCUCGGUGGACCCAGACGGUACCCCUUGACGCAGACCAUCCAAGCGGAGGUCAUCCUCGCCAACUACUUCUUCUGCGUAGGCCGCUUGCUCGAGGGGAGGUACCACUGCAGUGCCGCGGUGGCGCUGGUUCUUAGUGGGCGGUUGCACAAGAUUCGGUCCUUGUCUGCCCCCGGCUCAAACCCGCCUUCCGAUCAGCCGCUCGACCGGAUUGAGGAGGGGGAGAGAAUCAAUGCGUUCUGGACUGUGUUCGCGAUGGACAAGGGGUGGUCUGUCGUCUCUGGUUCCCCUUCCCAGUUCGAUGGGUCGACUAUCGACACACCAUGGCCGUUAGAUACGGAGGAGUAUCAUCAUCUCGGAUUAACUCCCGAUGUCCGAGGUUCACGGACGGUGUAUAAUUUCGUACACGAGUUGCCCUCGGCCUCGACAGGGGGGACGUCCUUGCUUGCAUUACGCGUCAAGGCUGCAGCGUUGUGCGAGCGGGCAAUCCGACUUGCCACGGGCGCUCCGCAAGUGCCCGGUCAAUCACAGGGAACGCACGCAGCGGAAGUGCAGCUACUGACUCGGGUCAUUGACCGGUUCUCCGCGUCGUUGCCGAUGAUACACUCACUGCUCGAUGCUAGCACGAUCUGCCACUUAUUGGCCAUACACACGCAGGCGCACGUCGCGAUGAUUCUGUUAUACCGCAGCGAAGGGGAGGCCACCGGGACGCUCCCUGAACGUUGCGUUAACGCCGCCAAAGCUGCAGCUGCGCUCGUGGGUCAGAUUGACCUGCAGCAGCUGCACUAUGUUGAUCCUAUACUCGCGCCUCUAUGGACCAUCGUCAUCCGGAUCCUCAUUACACGGGUCCAACCGCUAGGCUUACUCGAGAGCGAACAGGACAGGGUGCGCGGGCUGAUAAAGAAGGCUGUGGCGGGGAUGGCGAGGUUCUCUCAAGUAUCACCGCUCAUGGCGCAUGAAUUCUCGAGGCUGUGA